AUGUGGCUUCUUGGAUCAACUUCCCAAGUGAUGAUGAUGAUGGAUGAGCGCGUGUCUCCCUCCGCACGCUCAGUCCAGAGCCUCGGGGACAACGCGUCCACCAUCCACAGCAUAGAAGCGAUACUGGGAUUUAAAGAGGACACCAUCUAUCACAAGUCAGCCUCCUACAGCAUGACAGAAAAGGUCCUGGUCAAAAAUGCUGAGCGGAAUGUUAUAGUGACCCCAAUGAAGAAAAGUCACUCCUCAGAAAGUUUUGACAGUGUGUGUUGCGCCAGCACCACCGCUGAAGCCUCUGUCUGUCCGGACUCACCGGACAGAGACAGCAGGCUGUCCGAUGAUGAAAGCCCCAAGAAGAAACACCGUCGGAACCGGACAACAUUCACCACCUUCCAACUUCACGAACUGGAGAGAGCUUUCGAAAAGUCCCAUUACCCGGAUGUGUACAGCAGGGAGGAGCUCGCGCUGAAAGUCAACCUGCCGGAGGUCCGCGUGCAGGUGUGGUUCCAAAACCGGCGGGCCAAGUGGCGUCGGCAAGAGAAGCUGGAAGUGGGCUCCAUCAAGCUCCAAGACACCUCCACCUUGCUCUCCUUCAGCCGCUCUCCCACCAGCUCCCUGGGCUCCAGUCUGCAGCUGGAUCCCUGGCUCUCCACCCCAAUCACCACCUCCACCUCCCUGCAGUCCCUCCCGGGCUUCAUCACUGGCUCCCAGGGCCUCCCGGGCACUUACACCCCUUCUCCUCCCCCCUCCAUGCCCUCUUCCUUGCCGGCCUCCUUCCUCAACUCCCCGCCGCUGGGACAUAGCCCUCACCUGCCCCACAUGGGCUCUAUAUGCCCCCCGCCCCAGGCAUACCAGUGUUCAGCUGAUCCAAGGAACUCCAGCAUUGCCUCACUGAGGAUGAAGGCCAAGGAACAUAUUCAGUCUAUUGGGAAGACGUGGUGA